UAAAGAAAUCCUAACUUCUUAAACUCGUUAUUUGUAGUUGAUAAACCUAUUAAACCCGUUGUUAAACUUAGACUCGAGUCUACCAGACACAAUGUCAUAACGUACAAUUAAAAUAAAAUAAAUAAUAAUAAUAACAAUGGUAAAAAUUCACCCAGGCAUCUUUUAAGGCACCUAUAACGACUGACACGGGUCUUUCCUGCUGACAGUAUGGCUGCCUUCAGCAGGCGAAGGCAGGGGAUAAAAGUUCUCUGCUGCUUUAGGACUUUAAUAUCUACAAGAAACUUUGCAGCAGGUACAUUUGAUUAUGAGCUGGUGGUCAUUGGUGGAGGCUCUGGAGGGUUGGCAUGUUCAAAAGAAGCUGCCCAAUUAGGGCAGAGAGUUGCUGUCUUGGACUAUGUCGAACCUUCACUAAAAGGCACGAAGUGGGGUCUUGGUGGCACAUGUGUGAAUGUCGGCUGUAUUCCAAAGAAGCUUAUGCAUCAGGCGGCACUGCUUGGCACUGCUGUCAAAGAUGCUAGGAAGUAUGGCUGGCAAAUCCCAGAAUCCCUGUCACAUGACUGGUCAGUAAUGGCUGAGGCUGUCCAGAACCAUGUGAAGUCUCUAAACUGGGGUCACAGAGUUCAGCUACAAGACAAGAAGGUGAAAUAUUUGAAUAUGAAGGGCAGUCUGGUGGAUAAACACACUAUCAGAGCUGUAAAUGCCAAAGGGAAAGAGAUGACAGUGACCGCCAAAAACAUUGUGUUAGCUACUGGUGGACGGCCGAAGUACCCUACACAUGUCCCAGGAGCCAUGGAGUUCGGGAUCACAAGUGAUGAUGUCUUCUGGCUCAAAGAGUCUCCCAAAAAAACUUCCUUACCCUCAACUCAAGUCACGCUAGUUACUGUCAUGGCCACAUCCUCUCAGACAGCUGAUGUUGUUUUGCUGUUGAGCUGCCGAGCGGUUAACUCCAACCUCAAGCCUCCAAAAGCUGUCCGAUAUGUCGCUCUACCUGUCAUUACUCUCUUCUCUUUGACCUUAGGCAGAGCAUCUGAAACCAAGACCCUCAAUUUGGAGAAGGUUGGUGUGGAGAUCAACAUAGAAACAGGGAAGAUAAUCGUAGCUGCUGACGAAGCCACAUCCGUGCCGAACAUUUUCGCUAUCGGAGACAUCGCUGAGGGUCGUCCUGAGUUGACCCCGACAGCCAUUAAGGCUGGAAAGCUCCUGGCCCGCAGACUGGUGGGCCAUUCCACUGAGCUCAUGAAUUAUGACAACGUGGCCACUACAGUGUUCACUCCACUAGAGUAUGGCUGUGUAGGUCUGUCUGAAGAAGAGGCUGAAAGGAGACAUGGAAAAGACCAGGUUGAGGUGUACCAUGCCUUCUACAAACCCCUGGAGUUUACCGUGGCUGAGAGAGAUGCCACUCAGUGCUAUAUCAAGGUGGUUUGUCUACGGGAGGGUGAUCAGCGUGUGCUGGGUAUACAUUUUACCGGACCGAGCGCUGGGGAGGUCACACAGGGCUUUUCUCUGGGCUUCCAGUGUGGGCUUACCUACGAACACCUCAGGAAUACGGUCGGGAUACACCCCACCUGCGCCGAGGAGCUCAUCAAGCUCAACAUCACUAAACGCUCCGGUCUUGACGCCACAGUAACAGGCUGCUGAGGUUAAGCAUCCCCUCCCUGAUCGCCCGAGCACACGGGAACCCAUAAAAAGGUUGUGAUAAUGUGAGUUAGCAGUUGCAGGAAGCAUCUCAUGAAAUCUGUCUCUCAGUUUUUACUUUAAAAGCUCUUCUGAAACCGAGACUUUUAAACCACAGAACCAGAUCUAUUUCGGUUUAAUAUAAGAUAUUUAAAAUAAUAAUUCUGGAGGUCAGUACUAACAAGUAUGUCCUUCUUUGCCACUGUGAUGUAUCGUUUUUAAACCAAGUCCAGGAGAGUUCGGCCAGCUUUAUACCACAGGUCAAGAUAAUCCAAUAAAGUCCUCAUGUUUGCUCUCCAGAAUAAGAACGCAGAUCCAGGUUAGAGCAACACGAACCACAAGCGCCUCUGCGAACAGAUAAACACGGCCAUAAAUCAGGAUUAAGGCCCCAUUACAGUUUGCUGAAAUGAGAAACGUUGGAGAAAGUGGCCUAAUGUUUCUGAAAUAUAUUCUGCAAAUAUUGUUGUUUCUCUGGCUGUACUUCCUGUCCAUUAGUCAUGCACCGCUCCUGACACUGAUGGAUGGGAUAGGCCCGUCGCUGCGCUGACACCACCCCAUUUCCCAGGGACGUAGACAAACACUCGGUGAGCGGCGUGUCACUCAAACGCAGAACCCGGUCGUGGACAGAGUGAGCGCUUGUUUAGUCCUGGACUUCAGGAGGUUCCCCAGUGCACAGGGGGAGCAGAGAGUACACAGUACAAUAACAUACUCUCCUGCCCUUGAUCUCUCUGGGUAAAACCUGAAAGUCCAAAGGAGGCAUCAGUACCCCUGGCUACCUAAAGGUGGCAGUGUUAGCUUCCUUUUCCUCCUGUUCUUCACUCGCACAUGUGAGGAUAAAAAUCUCUGAGCUGUGUAGUCAUUAUGAAUUCGAGUCACAGUUAAUGACUGGCAGAAUGUUAAGAUUAAUCGAACACUUACUAGGCAUUUAUCGCUCCAUAGGUUUAGCUUAUCUGUUGUUUGUGUACUUGGCUAAUAGCUUUGGCCCACGGUGCUGGCGCCCGCUUUGAGGGAAGUUAAACUGCAACUAUUCCCAAAAGUUCAAUUCAUUUUGUGACAGGAAAUCUGUGACAUCUGUGUACUUUCAAACCAGAUAACGUAUGAAAAGCAUAUGUGAAUUUUGAAAUACAUUGAUAUGUAAAGUCAGUAGAUGCAAGUGCAAUUAUAAUGAAACAUUUUUCAGAGCUCUCAAAGGGGUAGUUCAAGCAAUAAUGGCAGAAUUUUCAUUUUUGGACAAAAUAUGGUUUAAUAAUAAAUUUGAAAUUGGACAUUUGCGUUUGUAAUUUCAGUGUCAGUGAAAUUUGCAAUGAAACAACAGAUAUGCUAAACUUAUUAAACACCUCAAUCAACUCACUGAAUUUGCUUAAGUUCUGUAGUUAUACAUGAUGUAUGUGAAAUGAAUAUGUGAUCACAUUUAGAAACACUGUUUUAAUGGCCCAUGUCACAUACUUAAAGGGAUAGUUCACCCAAAAAAUGCAAAUUCUGUCAUCAUGUACUCACC